CAGCAACAGAGGAAACCACUGGCGCAGCAUAGGAGUCAUACCAAGCAUAGCCUGCGUGUCAGUGCAGUCGACUUACAGCUGGCUGUGAGGAGAACUGACGCUACUCUGUUUUUGCUCUGUAUCACCGCGAUAUAUUUAUCCGAAUUUCAUUUUAAAAAAGUAUCGUAAAGUCAUUAGAAUAACUGGGGGAAUCUGGUUUUCGAGCCUCACCGCGGGGUUUUUAUUUUAUUAAAGGGGUUCCUAGACAAACUAAAGUUGGAGGCUGGGCCUUUAGCUUUUUGACCGUCGCUUGAGAGGGAAAAAAAAAAAGCUGGUCUUUUUUUUUUUUUUUUUGUAAAAAAACCUCGAUAAAUGCUACUAACGAAAAUGGACCUGUUGAACUACCAGUACCUGGACAAAAUGAACAACAACAUUGGCAUUCUCUGCUACGAAGGUGAAGCAGCUUUGAGGGGUGACCCCAGACUCCAGUCCCUGUCUCUGUCCUCGUCUUCCUCCUCCUCGUCCUCCUCUUCUUCGUCGUCAUCCUCCUCAUCUUCCAUCUCCUCCAUCUCCAGCCACAGGACAGGUCCUCCACCCAUCAGCCCCACCAAGAGGAAGCUGAGCGGGGACCAGGGGGACAGCGACAUGGACGACAACGAGCACGUGGCAAAGAUGAGCCGACUGUUUGCUGCACAGCUGAAACCUAAUGGAGACUACCGCAGCUCUCCCAUCUCCAAGGACCGCAGCCGGAGCCCCAUCGAGCGCGUGGUGGUGCCCAGUGCUCUUGGAGUCCACAGCAGCCACCCGUACAGCCAUGCCCACCACCACCACCACCUGGCCAGCUUAGCCGGCAUGGACCAGCCACUGGCACUCACCAAAAACAGCAUGGUGGAGUCUGCACGCAGCAGCACAGCAGCUAUUGCCACAGUGCCGCACACAGUCAGCGCCGUGGAGCGCCAACAGAAUCGUCCUUCAGUGAUCACAUGUGCCCCAGCCAACAACCGCAACUGCAACCUGUCUCACUGUCCCGUCUCCCACAACGGCUGCUCCAGCCUCACUAACAACUACAGGAGAAUCAACACCAACACAGCCUGUGACCCGGUGAUCGAGGAGCACUUCCGCCGCAGUCUCGGGAAGAACUACAAGGAGCCCGAGCCCACCGCCACCAACUCGGUGUCCAUCACGGGCUCGGUGGACGACCACUUCGCCAAGGCACUAGGCGAGACCUGGCUGCAGAUUAAAAACAAGGGGAGUCCGUCGUCGUCCGGCAGCAGCCCAAACUCCUCCCCCGACAGUCACAUGGUCAAUCACAACCACUCCCCUUCUGUGGUCUCCUGAAGGAGGAGGGGUCUAAGAGGGAUUUGCCCCUUCUCCCCAGCCUUCCCAACCAAUCCCGGCUCCAACACCCAUGCCCCCGUCACUUUGGUCUGUCACCAGCAUCCCUGAGGGAAUGCCUGCCUGCUGGUCUGCUAAAAACAUCCAAAAACCCUCAUGCCUGCUCUUUCUUUCUAUGCACUCAUAGAGGAUCAACCAAGCAAUAACAACACAGCUGUUUUUAUUGUCCUUCUGUCCUCUGGUAUGCUAAUGCCAGACAAAAAUCAGUAAUGAGGGUUCGACUUUGGGACUUGACUGGAGCAUCGAGCUGCUCCUUCCAAUCAUUCAUCAUCCCUGCAUGCCUUGGAGCUGAGCAAGUGUCUGUAGUUAUAUGUACAUAACGAGAGAGAGGAAAGGCGGUGUUUUAAUUAUUAACUUUCUUCUUUGUUUUUAUUUUGUUUGUUUCUUUAACAGUAGUUUUGUGUACUGCUUUCGCAUUUUGAGAUGCCCGACAUUUGAAAGAAACGAUAAGUGAGAAACACUUUGGAGAAAAUAAUCACAAACCACCUGACUGUGCUACCAAAGAAACCUCAGACACUGAUGUUUAUCGAUGCCCACCUCGAAUAACAAAACAAAAAGCCAUCUUGUAAUCUCCUCCCUCUGUUAUAUCUGUGUGCAUUCUCUCACCUUCCUUCUCUCCCCCCUCUCUUCUGUUUAUGUGUUUUGGCGGUUUUGUUACUGUAUGUGUAUAUUUGGGUGAUUGACUUGGUCUGAUUUGCACUACUGCCUUAGAGGGUAAAGGGUGACAUGUCAAUAUUGUAAUCUGGCACUGCACACACUGGGACUGAUAAAGCUGAUUUUGACGCAACAUAGUAUAAUCCAGCUUUUGUUGGAAUCUCUAUUUGAUCUCCCAUUAACGUUUUUUUUUUUUUUUAAAUCUACCUGGGAAUCAUUUCAACCUGGCCCUGACAGAACAAGCCACAUUAUUAUUAUGUAUUAUUUAUUGAGUGCAUUUAAAUUUUUUUUUAAAUACAUACGAGUAGGGUUGGGCAGUAUAAACAUUGAAAUAUACAAAGUAAUAUGGAUUUGGAUACCAUGUGUUCAUGUUGAUUAGUGCAAAUGCAUGUUGCAUGGUAAGAGAAGGUGGGUGAAAAAAAAGAAGGUAGCUUGCUAUUGUUAUUGUCACCUCUGGCAACCACUGUCAGGUCUGACUAUCUCGAACCAAGCUGUAUUUAAACUAUUGAUGAAGCACCUUUUUAGGUGAGGUUAAACAGGAGUGGAAAUGAUGUGGAUGUAGUGGCCAGAAUGAAUUCCACUCACCUUUUUAUUCUAAAGGGGAAAAUGUGUACAACAUCGUACUUAUCUUCAGUAUUCAGUAUAUAUUGCCAUAGUAAACACAUCAUACUGCCCAGCCCUACAUACCAGCUGUACAUGCGUGUUGUGAGCAACUACACGUACAUCCAAUUUGUUAAUUAAGUGGCGUUGAUUGAUAAAUAUAUUUCCGCCCCCAAAAAAACAUACAAAACUACUUCACACACUUAAAUGGUGCCAAGUUGUUGCAUUUCUUUUUGCAAGCACAGUCAAGUCUUCAAAUCAGCUAGCUUGUGGUGUCGAUGGACAUCACAGACACCACGAGAGGAGGUUAGGACUGGAAACGACAGUUGUAUAACCUGCAGUGUGUCGAACGUUGCGCUCUGCUGAACAAUGUGCUUUUGAUGUGUUUCACCGGCUUAACUGCUGACAGUGAUGAGGGGAUAGAUGACGCUGCAUGUCACUUUGUGGUUGCAAAAAAGAAAAAGAAAAAAAGAAGUCUGGUUUCUAGACCGGGGGAGAGAAGAUUAUUCAGAUCUCUUCAAACACACCUUUGUUUUUGUUACUCUUUGAACACAGGUGUUGUAAUUAUAUUUGGCUUACACCCUGCUAUCCCUCCCUCUCAUACACACUGUGGUUUGAUAGAUUUCUACAAGGUUUGAAGGGUAAACUAAUGCUUUUACAGAUGCAUGUUUUUUUUUUUUUUUAAUAGCUGGUAUCUAUUAAUGUUUUUAAGCAUUUCAAUCUUAACUACUAUUAGCCUUUUUCAUUUGGACGUUAGUUGUUACUUCUUUCAUUGUCAGUAACAGACAUAGACACUAUACACUCACUGCUGGGUCAGUUGUACUCCAUAUUAUUAUUGUUAUUGUUAUUAUUACAAUUUUGUAUUUUUGUUUUCCAUUAAUAUCAGUAUGGUAACAAACAUCUAUAGUGGGACAGCCUCCGGACAGGCUCUGUUUAACGAUGAGAGCUGCGUUUCUCAAAACCAUCUCAGCGCGGUAAUCCGUCAGCUCAUUCCUGCAGCAGAGCUGUGCGGGUGCUAGUGUCGAGUUGGCUUUGGGAUACGCAGCCAGUAAAGGUUUUCUUAAGAUGUUGAUCCAUCGGUGGUACAGGAUGCUACAACCUUCAGCGUGAACGAGCUGAGACACCAAAUUGGCACAAAUUAGUCAGCAGGGCCUUGUUUUCCUGAAAAGCACAUCAGCCUGAGAUAAAAUUUUAAUUUAGUUUUAAAUGUUGUCUGUUUGGCGGUCGUCUUUAAAUCAUCACCUGCCUUUACCCACAUUCUUGCUGCAGUCCGAAAAGUACUUUGUACAGUACAGGCUAGAACGCUAUGAUGCUUUUGGGAAACAAGGUACCGGUAAUGAUGAGAGCCUGUGAUGACAGUUCUCAGACAUCUUGUUGACGUGUAAGAGCUGUGUAACCCCGGCAGAGAGAUGGUGGCAGACAAAACAAAACACUUGGCUGAAAAUUGGGGGUUAUCUGAAUUUAUCGUGCGAUACCACAGCUCUUUCGACUGCCAUCAGUUGACCUUUUGUGUCCUGACUUGGUGUCCAGACUUUUGUUUUGUUGUAUGUCAAUGCUUUCUUUUCUGAACAACAUUGUAUUGUUGCUGCAGUUAAGCUAGACUGCUACAGACUGAGAAAAUGAGUUUUACUCUGUAAAAGCGCCUGCGCCAACAUGGCAUACAUUCCUCCUAUAGGGAACUUUGUUCAGGCCUCAUACAUACUCUCAGUAUCUCCAUAUCAACAGACUGAGCUAAUAACCAGCCAACUGUCCCAGGGUUUCUUGUGUCUUUACCGGAAUUACAAGGUUUCCACUUUUGCUUUUUGUUUUGUCUUUGCAUUAAGCAAAUUGGCCAUAAAUCCACACUGUGUGAUAAAUGAACAAACAAGCAUAUAUGCCGUAACAUUUUUGAGGACAUUCAGAGCAUAGAAUGUAGAGUAACUGGGGUUGUAACAGUGAAAACGUGGCAAAAGUACAGAAUCAUUUCAUGUCUCUGAGCUGAGGUUGACAGGUGCUGAGGUUCAUAUUUGUUUGGUUUAGGUCAUUUUUUAUAGUAUAAUGAGUACGGUUACAGAAGUAUCUAAAUAGAACGCUUUCUCAGUGUUCUAGAAUGUCCACACAUUCCAUCCUCAACUAUCAGAACAAAUGUGACCGAACAAGAACUGAUGAUAAAAGUUCUAGAAUCUUCAGAUACACAAAAAAUUGAAUCACAGCGCAACUGCUAGUGAAUCAGUUUCCAUUACAAUUGAGUACUCUACGAUCUAAACGUGCUUUCUGUGACCAGUUCAGAGUGGUUUGGAUGAUGAUUUAGCAGGCAGGUUUUUGGGGGUGGGGGCAGAGCUUCAGGAGCUGAGCUUCUGUAACACGACCUGUGGAGAGGCCAGGAGACGUUCAGCUGCCACUGAAAGUCUUUUGAAGGUCUCACAGCGAUGCCUCCCCCUCCUUUCAGAUUUAGUUGACCCUGAUUUAAGAUUGGAUGUAGAACAUGCUAGAAAACACGAGGGAAAAGGGCUCAGUGUCCAGAGGAUUUUGUUUUUCUAUUAUUAUGCUUUCUCAUUAUCAUUUCACUACCACCCUGUAGGUAGGAGGCUCUCUUUCUGCUUCGGCACACACUCCCUACACACUGUAGGAAAAUCACUUAAUAAAAAAAUACUUUUUUAUAAUAGGUAACUAUAAGACCAUCAUUACGCUGUGCGUAACGAAUGUACAGAGAAAAAAAUCGUAGGUAUUUUUUGAGGAACAAUUAAUUUGUUAAUGAUAUGUAGCUAUUUAAUUGUUGGUUUUCCCUGUCCUUAUAUUGUAAUCAUUGCAUUUUCUUUUUUGUGAAAAAAGUUGAUCUUUUUUGUUUAUAGAGUUUGUCUUGUUAGAGUAAAGGUUCAAGUGCAGGAACACAGUAAAUGUAUGAAACCACAAUAAGCCACUGGUGUGUCGGUGACAAUCGCUACUUCCAUUGGUCCCCAAUGUUCUGCAAUCAUUCAACAUGUGACUCCUGAGACAUCUGAACAAAAGCUUCACUUGUGAGCAAAAAGAGGUUGUCCUGUUCAGAGGCCUCCUUCAGCAAUUUGCAUGUUUUGCAUUGAUGAAACAUAAUUUUUGCCACUGUGAGUCUUGCCAGCCAUUUCCAAAUCUUUUCCAUUUAACUAUUAAAAAUAAAAUAACAUUAGUAAAGCAUUGUAAAUUGUGGGUUUUAAAGGACUUUAGAUGACUUGGUCUACAGAUGGGAACUGAGCUUCAAGUAAAACCAUGAGUCUAUUUGAGAGCAUUUGUCUGAUUGGUUUAACUUCACUAAAAUCAAAAUACUCAAGCUGAACUGAUAAAAGCAUGACAGCAUUUUUGUACAUAUUCUGUGCUCAAUUCCACCUGCUCUGUUGCCAGCCAGUGAGGCUGACAUGAUUUAAGUAGCAAAUGAGCUUUGGGGAAGUCACCCUGUCUCAUGUUGCUGUUCCCAUCUGUGGAGGCCAUUUUGCCUCUGUAAACAUUAAAAUUGUGCAGAUAAAUCAAAGAGGAGUCGCUUUUUACCACAUUUUCCAGGUCCCUUUUUGAAGCGGAAGUAGCAUGUACUUAGUGGUAGUAAUACUCUGAACUAAAAAAAAAAAAAAAAAAAAAAAAAAAAUUUGUAUCAAGAAAACAGUCGAUUUGUGGCUCUGUGUCUCCUACUAAAAAGGUUUUGGCAGGCCACCUUUUUUGUACGUAAGUAGCCUUGAUGAACAAUAAAAUGCUUUUAAACCAC